CAGAAAACUAAAGCUGUUGCUGCUCCACCUCCACCCAGACUCAUCAGGCAAGUUGGUUUGCAUUUGUGCCUGGCUGAUUCAGGGGCCCGAGGCCCUACCACCUCCUUUCCUUGGAAUCAGGAAUCUCCCGGACGUGGUGGAAGUUAAAGUUCCAGCCUCACUGCUCGGUGUUUGGCGUAAAACUUUAAUGUAAGGAACUCACGGCUUGGAGGAGGAAAUGAGUCAGGCAAUCUAAGGGAGCAGCACCACAUGUAAUUGCCAUUGGGACUGUGAUUUCACAGCCCCUCCGUGCGCCAACUAAUCCAGAGCACGUGAUUAAUACACACAGCCAGACAUCUAGUUGUCAUCACUCUGCCAGGCCCAGGCUCCUACCACACGCAUCCCUCUCUGCCUUUCAGACAGGACGGUUCACCUUUGAAGCAGCAGUGCCAGCAGGAGAGCAGACACAGCAAUGGACAACUUUAACUUCUCACUUCCAGUUCUCACUAGAAAACAACAAGACAUUUUUCAGAAAGCUUUUGCUGAUGAUGCUGAUUACCUGGAAACAUCUGAGAAAAUGAAUCAGUCCUUCUGGAAAUUGUUAAUAAAAUGUUUAGCCACUGUUAACCCAGCCAGCCUGACCACUGAAGAAACACACAAUCUCCUUAACAGAGGCAUAAACUCAUCUGAUGAACGUGCAGCCUCCUUGAAGACCAUAGGAGAAAAAGGAGUUAAUGCAGUGGUUGUGCUUUACCUGCUGCUAAAGGUGAAAGAUCUAUCUGCCUACAGAGAGUUGCCCAGCUCCAAGAAAAAUGAUGAAAAAUUGAAACUACUUCAGGAAUUGGAAAAAAGUUUCACAUUUUCACCAGAAGAAAGUGAGGUUGAAAGGUCAUCUCGGGAGCCUGCAGAGACACAACCACGAGCCACCAGUGCUGGCAAGAAAAAAGUCUCUGUGGCAACAGUAAAACCAAUUUCUCACAAAGAAAGUCAGGAAGACCAAGACCAUGAAAAUGAAGAUGGAAGUGGUGCACCGGGAGAGGUUGUCCCCUAUAAUGAAUCAGAGAUUGCAAGACGAGAAAAUGCAACUGCUGCUGUAUGUGAAAACGUUACUUACCUUCAGAGAUGUCAGAGACAGUGGAUAAGAAUACGGAAAAAUGAUGUGUUCUUUCAUUUUGUCAUUCUUUGCUUUGGCAUUGGAGCUGCACUAAUUAGCUAUUACCACUACAAAGACUGGACCAUUUCUCUUGGUUUUGGUUUAAUCACCUUUGCUUCCCUAGAAACCACCGGAAUAUAUUUUGGUCUUGUGCAUCGAAUUCACAGUGUCCUUGAGCGUUUCAUUCCUCUGAUUCAGAGAUUCAAAAUACCAGGUAUUAGAAAAGUUGACUGAACAGAAGAUUCUGAGAGUUCAACAAGUCUCUGGUUUCUGGAUUGAUUGUACUUAUGUGAAUAAACCUGUUUUAUGGUGCAGUCAUAAAAUCUAAUGGCUAUUAUAAAAUAUUGAAGCGUUAACCAUAACAUUUGUUAUUCUCUCCACUGGGGAAUAAAAACCGUAGUACAGUAUGUCUGUCCUUUCCUUUGAUGUUUUGUGGCUCAGUGCAACCAGUAAAAUAGGCUGGGUUUAGGUUUAUAAAUUCAUUUUAAGCUAUUUGGGUAAUACAUCAUGUUAUUUUCCCCACCCAUAUAAUCAUGUCGGUCCCACUUGAGAAGUCUGAUCCAAAGUCCAUUGAAGUCAAGGAAUGACGUGCAUAGACUUCAUUGAGCUCUAGAUCAGGCCUUUGAUGUUUAAAAAAAAGUCUUUGGAAACCCUUGUGGGGUUCUUUUCCUCCCGCACGUUCCGGGUCAGGUUUACUUUUCAUGUUGCACCCACCUAUACCUCCCUGCUAGCACCAGUGCUGAUUGGAGCUAUUCCCCUUUGGCUAGAGCCCUGCAUUAUGAGUGUUAUCUGAGCAUGUGGACUAGUCAAGGCUGUUUUUCAAAGCACUUUGUUAGCACCUUUCCUCCAAGAGGCAACCAUGGCACUCAGAAGCUCUGCUUUCUUCACACCUUGUGAAACCAUGAGCCAGACAAAUCUCACCUGCUUGAACACCAACAGUAGAAUUACUUCAAUUAAUUUGGAUUAGAUUAAUUUAUUGUAGCAGACCUUGAUAAACUGUGCUUAGAAUAUAAUGACUUGCAAUGAAAGCCAGGUGAGAUGUUACACACAGUGUAUAGCAAAAUGCGGAAAUGUAUUAGUGACAGCAAAUUUAAUUUCUCUUCCUGUGACAGCAGUUUGAGGAAAAAUAAAUGAGUGGUUCAAAAAAGAAUAAAUAAUGAACUGUAGAUUUGGAACACCUGUCAUUUUAUAGGGUUUUUUUUUUUUUUUGGCAAAUUUUUUAGAACUAUAAACAGUGGAAAGUGCUGAAGACACAGCAAAAAA